CAGGAUUUUCUUAAUACCACCAUGAAAUAAUGAUAUGUACCCGAAAUCGUCAGUUUAUGCAUCAAUAAGUGCUUUCAUUUACUUGUUGAGAGAAAUCCUAUAAAUUUACCUAGCAAACAACUGAUUUAAUUAAAGCGAUUGAAAACAGUGAUAGAUAAAGUUAAAUAAGUAAUAUAAUUUGCUUGUUAAACGUAGCUAUCGAGAUAAAGUGAUAAAUAUAAAAAUAAAGUGCUAGAUAAAAUCUCUCAAGCCUAAAAUGCCCGACUUUUAUGAACUUUUGAACGUGCCCUCCACGGCCAGCUUCGAAGAGAUCAAAUGCAGCUACAAACAAUUGAUACUACAAUGUCAUCCCGACAAAUUACGACAGCUCGAUGACCCAAAUCCGGGAUCGGAGGCCCAGAACGGCGACUUCAACGCUAUAAACGCGGCGUGGAACACACUGAAAGAUCCCAUCAAGCGCAAGCACUACGAUGCCGAACUGCUGCAGUCGAAAUUCCGGGCCCACAGCAACAUAUUCGCCACAGUGGAGCUGGAUGAAAUGCAGCGGGUCCAAGUGGAAAUCGAAGAAGACGACGAGGCAGAGGCACCGGCACCUCCCUCCCGAGAAUCUGAGUCCCCAUCCCAAUCUAAAGCAGACAAAGGGCCGGCGACAAUGUGGAGCUAUGCGUACGACUGCCGGUGCGGCGGUCAGUAUCUGUUCGAUGGACCCGGAGACGGAGGCGAUGAGUCACCCGAAGUGAUUGUGGAGUGCAACGAGUGCUCUUUAGUGAUUAUUGUGAAACAAGCCAGCCGCAAGUUGUAAAUAAAGAAACCCAGAAAAUAAUGGAACUGCUUGCAAAUCCAACUAUUCGAUUGCGAGCUCUUUUAAAUUUAACUUUUACACCCGGUUUAUUGGUUUCUUGAACCCCAGCUCGGAGAGCUCUCUUCAUAUGCAAAGCGUGUUGUCAUCGACGUCGUGCAUCCGACGUUCGAGCGGGCCCAGCCCCUUCUUUGUCGCUUGUUGUGCCCAAAAGUGAUGUAACAUGAUGGUACAUCAUUUCGAUUUGGGCGCCCCACUCCGCUGCUCAUUCACUUUGCAUACGCUUCGUUUCCGCUAUGCGGGGAGAAAUUACCAAAGAUUUGAUGUCUUUGACGCGUGUGAAUUGUCGGAGCUUUGCCACAUUACGAGCAGUUUGCUGUUUCUUCAUUUGGGGGAGUUUUGGGUCAAGUUUCGGACGGACUUAGGCCGCAUUAAUGGGCUCGCUAAUCCGCUGUUUGGCACAGCAUUGAUGAAAGUGCUUCAUUUUCGAAGGGGCUCCUCUUUCAUAUUAAAAUAUAUGACUUUAUUAAUGUGUUACUAAAGUGGUUAUGGCCAAAUACUAUAAUAUUUUCACUCUCAUUAAUACCUUAUUCGUUAAUACUUACAUUAUACGGCUUGAAGAUAUUAUAGGAACUUUUAUAAAAUCAAAGAAUAUGUGAAGUUAAAAGAAGUAGGUAAUAAUUCAAGUACUUUAAAGUUGAUAAUGUUAAAUGAUAUCUCCCGGACAUUAGGGUUGAACUUUUGAAAUCUCUCAUUUAAUCGCUUGGGCUCGACUACAGAAAAAACAACGGUUUUUAAGCUCCUUAAAUGUAAUUAUAAUUACUCGAGUUCGCCCAUUUUUCGUUUUUUGUUAAAAUUCAAUAACCCCGCCCGAUCGCAGCGGCGUCGACGAUGAUGUCAGCAACUGCAGAGGCACAGAAAGCGAAAUGUCUAUAAACGACUCCGAGAGCCGACGAAAAAGUCGAGUACCAUUGGGAUUCCAUUUGUUUAUGAUUAUUGCAAAGUAAUUUGCAGUAGACACGGCAAAUUACGCACACCCGUCGCCGGGGUUUCUUGUAUUUUAUUUUUAUCAGUCCCCCCUCGCAAAUCUUUCCCGCCGGAUAAGUACGUCACUCGAUUGAUAAUUAACGGUUGUCUAGCUUUCGUUUUCUAAACAUGCGCGUUGUUUACACAUAUAAAUGCCAUAUGCUCGCUUGUGCAUAAACGCCAUCUACAUAAGCCGGCAGACAAGCUUGAUAAACACUUGAUUUCCAGCCCCAGUUCGAGUUAAAUGGGAAAACAAAAGUCAGAGGAAGACGUGCGUACCUUUCGCUCACAAGCUGCUACACUUAUGUGAUCUAAGCACUGGAAGAAAUAAGGUGCUUCUCAGAAGUACAAAACAUCAAACCACAUUUUUUACUUCAUUUGAUUUGGUUUGGGAGGAACUGUUUCUCCUUUUUUUCGUAAAUAAAAAGAUGGUUGGCACUGAAAGUUGGACCCAGGGCAAGUUAGGUUCCGGCUAAUUUAGUAUAUUGAUCCCACUACUUAUUUAUUUUCUCUGUGUAGGCAUUUCUCUGGCCCUAUCUCUUGGGCAUCUCACACUUUAAUAACCUUUUGACACAGAAAAUUGAAACGCUUUUGCGCAUUUGCCGCUCGUCACUCGCUUACUCAUUCCAGUCAUUCCCUCAAUCCGUCAGUUGCUACACAGCGAGAAAAUGUUUCCCUAGAAACAGGAAUCAGCAUUGUAUGUUGAGACAUUCUGAACUAAAAAUACUUAUCAAGCUGGAAGCUUUUAAAACGCAGUGGGAUGUUCUGGGCUCUAUACUAGGACAUUCCAUCAUUCAAACUUCGUCUAGAUCUAACUCGGUCUCAUAUCAAACUGAAUUCUCUCUGUGUAUUACUUCUUUUGUGUGACACGCGUCGUAGCGCGAUUCGAGAUAAUAACGCUGGCUUUAAAGUUCGCUCUCGGAAAGUGCAGAUAUGUUGGCUACAAUAAGCCGGCCUCCAGCUCCAGCUCAGCCCCACGUCCAAGUCGUCAACCGUCGCCAGCUCCAUGUUCCACGUUCCGUGCUCCAACUCCACAUCUCUGCCCUGCCGCCUGGCACUUUCAUUUUGUUUUCACUGCGCAUUAAAGACGCUUGAGCAGCUUUAAUUGCCCAAUGGCCAGAAGGGGACGAGAGACUGCGCAACACGCGUAGAAAGCCCAAGAAGUUUGGAACAAGCCCGGCCUCUGCGGAAAGUGCGCGGAAAAUGCUUGUCAUACCCACAUAGCCAUCCCAGUGAUCUGAUGAGGCCCGAGACAGUUUAAGCUGGAACUCCGGAAAGAAAAGGGAUCAAAUGGCUAUGCGAUACCCAGAACAGCAGUAUAGGAAGUUGUUCUAGCUGGACAGAGUCUUGUAAUAUGUCGAAAUUCAGGGCCAACAGGAGAACGGAGUUGAAUUUUAGUUUAUUAAAAUCAAAUGGCUUUCGGGCCUUGCUGAUCCAGGCGCAACUGGUGAUGUAUCUUUGAAGAACACUUUUUGAACCCUUUGCAAAGAAUGAACUUGUUAUCAGAUAAACGAUGGACCACACAUGUUCUUGACAAGUUGCCACAACUCGUCUAUAACUUUCCGAGCCUAAAUCUGUUUUUGCAUGGGGUCCCCUAAAACAGCCGAUCAACACCGAUGAUUCGCCGACUUACGCUAUUUAUUCAGUUGAGGUGCGGAUUUCGUUUCAAGGAAAACGUAUCCGUACAAAAGAAGCAGGCAAGAUGUUCUCCAGAACUAGUUGUGCCUGCAAACCUCUAAGAUCGUGAGUGACAGCCCGACUUUUUCUGGCGAUUCCGUCUGUUUCUUUUGUGUCUUUCUCUCAAUCUUAAUUACACAAAAGUGCCAAUUAUUGUUGAUUUGGUUUCUUUUCAGCUAGCUAUACUCUUUCGCCACUUUGCGGCUUCCCAGGCAACGCCUCGGGCCGUCUAAUUCUGUGGUUCUGUUUCUGUUUUUCGAAUCUGCGGAUGGAUGCUCGCCCAAGGUGUCCGCAUCUGCAUCUGUAUCUGUAUAUGUACCAGCGAGUGUGUAGCCAAGUGAAAAGCAAGGUAGCAAGUGGGGCAGCAAGUAGAGCAGACAAACAUCGGGCAGAUACGGAUACACUCCUCCCACACAAGGUGGAGUUACGUAUGUGCCAGCAGAACACAUCGCACAUCUCUGUACGUCACUGCCUUUCUGGAGCAAUGUAAAUGCUUUGGGCUCCCUAACUGUUAUUGGUUGUGACUGAAUAAGUUUUGUUGAGCAACUAUCUGCGUAUAGUGUAUCAAAAAAGGCGCGUCCCCAAGGUUAGCUUAAAGUAGAACGAUUAGCCUACUUUUAGUUGGACUUUAUGAGUCGAUUUACUUGCUCCGAAGUAACUAUGGCCCUGUGUUGUUCACACAUAACUGCAUCUUGGAAAAUAUGAAAGUUAAUAUCAUAUUUAGCUAAACGUAUAUCUAAAGCAAGUCGUCUUGUGCAAACUCAAUACUCUCUAAGUUAAACAUUCACUUAUUUUUCAACACACAAAAUGCGUGGGCUUGAAUCCGAAACGCUUGAGAAAGUAAAGUAUUCCGUUUUCGAAGAAUCUAAUCAAAGCCCCUCCCCGUUCGAUCG